GCUCACUCUGCCUGAUGUCAUGCAUUCAGUAUGGUACUUAAUUUGAAUCAUCCAUGCACCUCUUCAACAAUGUACCCACCUAGUAUCUGCUCAGUUUUAACACUUCUCCUAUCAUGAAAGUUAUCGUACUUGGUGCAAGCGGUUUUAUCGGCCACCGAGUAGCUCUCGCGUUUGUUCAAGCUGGUCACUUUGUCUGGGGUCAAACUCGUUCGGAAUCCAUUGCGGCUAGCACGUUGUCCCCAAACGAAAUCUUGCCCAUUGUAUGCGACCCUCACUCUCCCGAGGGUCAGAAAAAAUGGGGAGAUCUGGCUAAAGACGUUGAUAUUGUGGUUGAUUGCAUUGCUGCUUCGGGGCCUGAUAACGCCCUUGCUUCGUUCAAAACUUUCCUGUCUGCCGUCAAAGAUCGACAAAAAUGGGGCCCUAAGCCGACUUAUAUCUAUACAGCUGGGCACUGGGUCUUCUCCAGGGGUGCAGGUGGACUUGAUAAAUGGACGGACGAGCGACGUCCUGCCAAGGCUGCGCUGAACAGUCCAACCAUUUGGCGCAACCAGGUUAUGGAGCCUGUAUUAAGUAAUGAGAAUGUCAACGGCAUCGUCAUUGCUCCCACAUGCCUUUAUGGUCGAUCUGGCUCUUAUUUUGCUUACUACCAUUUCGAUGCUGCCUUGGCUGCUAUGGAAAAGGGUCAGGAGGAGUUUGAAACUAUAGCGAAGGAUGAUUCCAGGCUUUUGACUAUCCACCAUGAUGAUCUGGCCGAUCUUUAUGUGCGUGUUGGAGAAAGGUCUCCUGCUUGUAAAGGCCAAGUCUUCAUUGCCGCUAAUCCAAGUCCCGAGUCUUUGAAGGAGAUUCUCAACUCAGUAGUCCGAGUUACCGGUUUGAAAGGGUAUAAAGCCAAGGAAGCGACUGAUGCGUAUGAAAAGUUUUGGGUGUCCACCUUGCUAGCAAAACCUUCUCUGGGGACUGCAUUGACCGGUUGGCGUCCCAAGCGCCUGCCUCUGACGGACGGGAUGGAUAUCUACUGGCACUCGUAUGUUGCAAGCAAGAAAAGAGAGGAGUAGAUCGUCUGGAUUCGAGCAGAAACGUAACUUCCCUAUUUUUUUGUUAUUUAAAGGUUGUUGGUACGCCGAUACGACGACGUGCUCAUAAUUCUAAGCUUAUAUCAGUACAUAAGAGGCUUUCCAAGGUAAUUCAUGCCUGCGAGACUAUUGCCUUGCAUUGGCCGGCAUUGAGAAUUAUUUAUGAAGAUAUAUCACCGAAAUGAAGAUGUAUGUUGUUCAGAA